AUGGGUGUAUUGCUGCCUGUGGGCUUCCUUUUCCUCACGCUCUGCUGCGUGUCAAAAAUAACAGCGUUUACCAACAUAACUUUAGACAUUGACCAGAGAAAUACAGAUGACAAGGUUACGGUCGUCCAGGUGGACCACUUCGGGAUCCCAUCCGUGGAGUUUUAUUCAAAAGACGGUUACCUCUUCGUUUCAGUAGUCCAGGGUCAACUUCCAGUUUGGAAGGCCAGUGGUAACGAGUCUUCCAGUGAGGGUAUUUUAUAUUUCUCAACCGACGCCCUCGCAUUGUUUUAUUUGGAGGUCAAAUCAACGAGUGGCCUGCUGAAGAAGUGUUUCCUGAAGGUCAUGGACAAAUGGACUGAGAUUGCAGAGUCGCAAUUCAGAAUGUUUUUCGACAUCGACAGGGCCGCAUACAGCCCUGCACAGCUGGAGGAGUUCGCAGCUCAGUUUUUGGACUACAAGGUGCCGGAAGUCUCCAGCGUCAGCUGGCUGCUCCCGACCACGUUCGGGUUUGUGCUGGAGCCGCAGUACGAGUGCACACUGGAGUUGUUCGGCAACGACUCCCCUUUCAUCAUGGAGCAGUCCCUGGUGGGUCCAGUCUUCGGAAAGAUUUACACCCCCAGGAUUGAUUUCGCAAUAACAAGCGUCGCCUACAAGAACUCGCUGUUGUGGAGCAUGGACAAGAACCUGAAUCUGUGCUCCUCAGUGUGGUUCUACUUCAAGGGCGAGCUAGGAAGUCUCUUAAUCAUCAAUCUUUACAACUUCAACUCAGGCGUAAACUCUCAUUUGGCCUUUAAGAAAGAUGAGGACUCCUUCCUUCCCAUAAGCUUCAAGGAGUACCAGAGCGCCUUGAUGAAGAUGACGCUCGCCGAGUACGACGUGAAGGACGUGAUGUGCUACAAGGACGGCUUCCUCAGGAUGCGGGACUUUGCCUUCAUCCUGAAGCCCGUGCUUGCAAUAGUCAUCAUAGUAUCUGCGGUGAUGUACAAUAUGUAA